GAAUACCGAUUCUAUUGCUGCGAAUGAAAUUUGAUAACUCUUGGAUACCGUACAUUUCACUUCCUGAAAGAUUUACGCAGGCGCGCUAUUGCCGUAUCUGUCAUCAUUCCUAAGGGAAAACAUGGAUAGGAACGAGACUCCUGCCCAGAGGCCAGUCACCCUGGAAAUCACAGGGUCAUUGCAAGCAGAACCUAGCCUGAGCGAAGCUCUUAUGUCUCCACAUCCAGUCUCGACCCUACCGCCCUCCUCUAAUGUCCUUUUCCAAGAGGAGAGCAUCGACCUCGGGGGAGAGUCCUUCAUCACUCCACAGGAGGACAGCCACAGCACUCCCUCAGAGAGCCUAAUGGACAAGCUUAAUGACCAAAUGAUGGAAAGUGUCAUGAUAUCUGACUCCCCCAACAACAGUGAGGAGGAUGAUGUGGUUCCGAUGGACAACCUACUGGAGCAUUUUGAGGAGCAAGUAGAGGAACCAACCACACAACCUGUGGUUAAAGAUGCCUCAUUGGAAGAGAAGAAGCAAGCAGUGGAGGAAAAAGUGGAUGAUCUGAUUGGACAAGACACUACUGAAAUCAAGGUGGAGGCUGAGAUGAUGCAGACGAGUCCAUCUGCCUUUAGCCCUAAGGGACCAGAGGAAGAUGUGAAACAGGAGCUAACCACUGAUCAGCAAGUCAUUGUCGCCUUCUCUGUUCCUGCUGUAACCCCAGAGGUCAGAACCCCGAGCCCUGGCAGACCUAAGCCUCAGACUGCAGCCCUGGAAGCCAACAGAAAAGGAACCACACCCAAGGGCGAGCCGAUCCCUGUGUGCACCAUCUUCAGCCAGGGCAGCCAGCCCAAAGUUCAGGCACUCGUUCCGGACGGCUUUCAGCCCACCCUCAUUAAAUCCCCAAGUUUCAGUAGUGGCAGCGGGGGAGGUACAGACAUUACCCCCAGUAAGCUGGCUCCACUGGUCUGCCAGCCCAGCCCCAGCCUUAGCAAGUUCUUCACCGACAGCGGCCAUGUCAACCCAGCUACUGACUUCUUUGACUCCUUCACCACCUCCUCAUUCAUCUCAGUCAGCAACCCCAAUGCCGAAUCCCCAGAGUCAGCAGCCCCGCCCGAGCACCAGCUCUCUGUUCCCUCUGGGUCCUCUUUGUCCACUUCUGGGCCAACAGAAUCUAGCACGGCCACCCACAGCUCCCCCUUCGGGCCUGCCCAGGUGGAAGCUACCCCCAGGCCUCCUCAGCAGGCUGCAGCAGAGUCAGCUCCAGCACGUCCUCAGCCUUUUGCCCAGCUGCAGGUGGUGUUCUCAGGUGGCGACGACCCAUUUGCCAAGGCUCUAAACAUGAGCGAGGCUGAUAAGAGGUAUGAUGCCUGGCUGCCCUCUGAGGUGACCAGGAAGGUGCUGGUCUCCGUGGCGACCCAGCAGUACAGUCAGGUGUUGGGGGAGAGGGAAAGGCUGGCAAUGCCUGGACUCAAGUUUGACAAUCUUCAGGGGGAUGCUGUAAAAGACCUGAUGGUGCGUUUUAUGGGAGAGCAGGCAGCUCUGAAGAGACAAGUCCUUACAGCCGACGCUGUCGGACAGUCAUUCCUGGGCCUUAAACAACUCAUUAGCACCAAGAACUGGCGUGCUGCAGUGGACCUAACCGGCCGACUCCUGACCGCUCAUGGCCAGGGCUACGGCAAGGCUGGCCAGCCCACCAGCCACACCACUGACUCGCUCCAGCUGUGGUUUGUUCGCCUUGCCCUCCUCACCAAGCUGAGCCUCUUCCAGAACGCUGAGAUGGAACUGGAGCCGUUUGGAAACCUGGACCACCCUGACCUCUACUAUGAAUACUACCCUGCCAUAUACCCUGGGAGGAGAGGCUCCAUGGUUCCUUUCUCUAUGCGGGUGCUACACGCAGAGCUGCCUCAGUACCUGGGGAAGCCACAGGAGUCUCUGGACAGACUACACAGCAUGAGGACCGUCUGUCAGACUAUCCUGAAGAACCUUGAGCAGGGCCUGGCGGAGGAUGGGAGUAUGAUCAGUCUAACCCAGGAGAACAGGCAAGCAUCUCUUCAGCUGUGGCGAUCCAGACUGAGUCGGGUCAUGUACUCCAUGGCUAACUGCCUGCUCAUGAUGAAGGACUAUGUUCUGGCAGUAGAAAUAUAUCACUCCAUCAUCCAGUAUGAGCCCCAGCAGAGACUGCAGCUCCUGAGUGGGAUUGGGCGUAUAUUCCUGCAGAUUGGAGACGUUAAAACAGCAGAUAAGUAUUUCCAAGAUGUGGAAAAAGCCUCUCUAGAGAAAGGAAGAGGACCUACAGACACAUGUGUUUUGAUGAACAGGGCCUUCGUCUACCUCAGCCAGAAUAACUACUCAGAGGCACAUUCUGCCUUCACAGAUGUCCUAAAGAUCGACUCUAAAAACCCUGUGGCCAAUAACAAUGCGGCUGUGUGCCUGCUGUACCUGGGGCGUCUUAAGGAGUCCCUGAGACAACUAGAGGGCCUGGUUCAGCAAGAUCCCGCCCUCUACCUUCACGAAAGCGUCCUCUUUAACCUUACCACCAUGUACGAGCUGGAGUCGUCCCGCUCCACUCAGAAGAAACAGGCCUUGCUGGAGUCAGUGGCGUGCCGAGAGGGAGACAGUUUCAAUACACAGUGCCUCAAACUGGUGUGAAGCAACCAGGGACGGCGCGAGGACAGGGGAUCACCCUUAGGGAUGUAGUGGCUUGGUCCUCAGUUUUGUGGCACUACACUAAACAGCUUGGGCAUUAACCAGCCUGGACUCUACAGCGGGCACACUACUGUCCUCCAUGGAGGCAAAUCCACUCACCACUCCAUUCUAGUAGUGCUGGAAAUUAUAAAGAUCUGACUAAUAUCACAUGAAAGCAGAUUGAAUAUGGAUGUGAAUAAAUACAGUACAAUGUUUUAGAUGGGUUCCUGUUUGUUUAGAGAUGUACUCCAGCACAUAAGCACAAUACAUUUGUAACAUUUUAUGAACCGGGUUCAUAACAUUUUACAAAUAGCCUGUUGUAACAUAGGAAAAGGAUGAAGUUGUACUUAACUGCUAACAUUGUACACACAAAGAAAAUCAUAACAGGGACACAUUUUGGCUCAUGACUACUUGCAAAAAUACUGGCUGAAAUGAUUAAGGCUCUGAGUGCACAUUUAAAACCUGAGUAAAUCAACCUGAAAUCAUGUUACUUUGUCAAGAUCUGUUACUUUGUCAAACAGGUAAGAGGUAUUCUGUAACAUUAAUUGAGAGUGAAAAAAUGGCUUGGCUCAGGAUACACACCCUUCUCAACAAAAGGAAUGUAUAAACAAUUUUUUUAACUGUGUAUAUAUGGAAAAUAUUACUUGUAAAAAAUUAUAUUCAAUGCUUUACUUAAAUUAUCCUAAUGAUCGGUGUCACUGUUGACAUGUUGUAUGUCUGAUCUUGUUUAGGCUUAAGUGUAUUGUAUUGUAUUGCUCUGAGUAAACAGAUGUGUUUAUCCAAAUAAACAUAUUGGUGUAGGACCGUA